AUGGGUGCAUUUAUUGCCAAGAUGCUGCUUCCAACGGUAAGCAGCCUGGUGUUCCUGCCUGCGGCCAGCGUGGCGGCCAAGAGGGGCUUCCACAUGGAGGCCAUGGUCUACUUCUUCACCAUGUUCUUCACUGCGAUCUAUCAUGCAUGUGAUGGACCAGGCCUCUCCAUCCUGUGUUUCAUGAGAUACGACAUUCUGGAGUACUUCAGUGUUUACGGCACGGCUCUCUCCAUGUGGGUCACACUUACAGCUCUGGGUGACUUUGAUGAGCCCCAGCGCUCCAGUAUAACCAUGUUUGGAGUGUUGACCAUCGCUGUGAGGAUCUACCAGGAUCGCUGGGGCUAUGGGAUCUACUCUGGACCCAUCGGAUCAGCUGUCUUCAUCAUCACCGUCAAAUGGCUGCAGAAGAUGAAGCAGUUGAGGGCGGUGUAUCCAGAGAAGGCGGUGUACACGCAGCAGGUCGGUCCGGGCUGCUGCUUCGGCGCUCUCGCUCUGAUGCUGCGUUUCUACUUCGAGGAGUGGGACUACGCCUAUGUUCACAGCUUCUACCAUCUGUCUCUGGCUGUGUCCUUCGUCCUGUUGCUGCCAAAGAAGAACCGCUAUGCAGGGACGGGACAAAACGCUGCUAAACUCAGCUGCUUCACUCUUUGCUGCUGCACCAUGUCCCCUGGUAGCUCUAAAGAGAAGAAGGACAAGCCGAAGAAGAAGUCUUCUCGGACCGUGUGGACAGUCCCCACUGAGAAGCCGUGGACACAAGGCCGUAGCACCCCCACCCUGCCUCUUUACAACCCCCCACCCUCCACGCCUGUCAAAGGGACCAGCAUCAGCAAGCUCAAAGAGAUGAACGGCUGGAAGUGA